CAUUUUCUACUAUUAUAGUUUGUGAUGAGUUCUUUUUCCUUCAUUAUUUCAAACCAAGAACAAACUGUGCCAUCGAACUAUCCAACCCUUUCACUGUAGUUCCCUUCGAUCUUCAGACAUUUCUGCGCAAGUCCUUCCUCCACAAACCUCGAGCUCUUCGGAUUUCCGGAAAGAGUUUACAAGCUAAACUGAAAUCAAUGGCAGGGUCCGGUAGUUCUAUGUUAUAUUCCUUUCUUCUUUUUGUGUCCACUGUGUCCCUGCAAGGAAUGUUUAGAGGUCUAUUAGCUUCUUCUGAGUUGUAUACUAUCCUUGGAGGCUUGACGAGUUCUUUCAUAUUCCUUACAUUGCUAACGUUCAUAGGAAAUUAUCAAGAGGCAAAUGGAAGCAAGAGUGGAUGGGGCACAGUUGUACUUGCAGAGGCAGUCGCUUUAGUUGCUGCUAGCACUGUUCAUCGAGUCUGUAUCACAACAUGCAUUUUGUUCUCUGUUGGGCUACUUUACGAGAUCAACAAGCUCUCUCUGAUGAUGGUUUCCAAAAGUGAAGGUAAAGCCAAAAGGUACUAGUUUGGGAAUGCCAUCCCAUAAUAAUGGUUUUAUUUGCAGUCUGUCAAUAUACUCAGAGGGGUGAGAUUGCAAACCAUCAACUAUAACAUGCAGGACUACUUUAGUUUAUGCUAUUCUCCAUAUACUUUGGCUACUACUCCAUAUACUUUGGCUACUACUCCAAUACUUUAGUUUAUGCUAUUCUCCAUAUACUUUGGCUACUACUUUAGUAUAUAAUUGAUAUACAAAAAAUUUUCCUAUAUUGACCUAUAUAUUUCUAUUUUUCUAUUAAUAUAAAUUAGAUUAUGACCAAGGAUGAUGUCAUUGGUAUCAAAUAAACAUAUUUUGUAUCAGUACCUUAAGUUUAUCGAUAUAUCAAUAUCGGUAUCGCCGAUCACCCCUCAUCCCAGGCUAUACCUCUGCCAUCGCCAAUCACCCAGAUGUCAUCCCCCACUGCAGAUUAUCAAGACAUGAUAAUAGGAUAUUCUAUGUAUGAAGACUGGCUGUGGAAAAGAAGGCGGUACAGAUUCGUAAUUUGAAGGAAAAAUUUUGGACAUACUAAUUAAAUUUGCAUCCCGUGCAACUUGAAGUUAAAAGAAGAUACGAACAAUAUAGUCAAUAGUUGUAUCUUCCGUCAUUAUAGGAGUCAUUAUUACACUAAUCAAUAGUGAACCCCCCC